CUGCUGUUUAAACAUACCACCACAAACAAGACAGCGUGUAACCCGAGACCCUUCCUUUGCAUAGAGAUAUAGCAUUUGCCAAACACCACAAAACAAACAUCUCUCAUGUUUCAUCCCUCGUUCUUCGCCUUGGACAAAUCAAAACACGACAGAAGGCUUUUGACGUGGCAUUUCGCCUCUCCCGAGCCGGAGCGCCCAUCUUUCCAAAUAUACGGCGGUUCAGCCGGAGCGGUGUCGUUUCGAACAACUCUUCGUUUCUCUGUCGUUGAAUGAAGAUGUGGCAACUAUUUAUUUUCGCCGGCCUAUUCCAGAGCAUUUCGCUUUAUGAAAUAGACCUAAAGAAAAUUGAAGGCUUGGCCAGGGGAAAAGUCGAGACCUGCGGAGGAUGACAGCUGAACCGGCUCAGGGAGGUGAAGGCCUUUGUUACACAGGACAUCCCUCUUUAUCACAACCUUGUGAUGAAACACCUCCCUGGAGCUGACCCGGAGCUGGUCCUUCUCAACCAUUACUAUGAAGAGUUGGACCGGAUCCUUUUAAACGAUAUGACCCGUAAAGAGAUCAAUGAGCUGCUGGUCUCGCUGGGCUUCUACAAGAAGGCAGACCCGGAUGAUCCGGUCCCAUACGAGUUCCGCUAUGCCCCUGCAAAGGACAGUCCCUGGGACAAGCAGGAGCCCAACCCAGCCAGCACUGAGCAGAACCAGGGAGCAGACAGGGAACCGGCCGGGGAACCACUGGAGACAGAACCAGAGACCCAGUCACCAGAGACCCAGCAACACGACCCUCAAGCAAAGCACGCAGACCUAUAAGCAAGAGCAGCAUUCAGGAAUCCAUCUGUUCCUGUGAUUACAGAGGUGGCUUCGGUUCACAGAACACCCCUCUUGUGGCUUAGUAGUUGACCAUGAAACAAAAACAAACCUGUGUACCGUUAAUCCUUUUUAAAAACUGGAUAUUUUGUUGGAAAAAUAAGUACAAGAUUGUCCGCAAGACCAUGUAAGAUGGUGUAGCACAGCUGUGUACAUAUAGUUCCAUCUGACUGGAAAAACAUUUACGUUGGCCAAUGAUGCUUUCUAGUGGGUUGUGAAUUCUAUUGAGAAUAAGGGAUCCUAAUUGCAUACGGUGCCUUACACACUACCCCUAGGGAGGUUUCCUAUGAAUGUUAUGAGCCUUUCACCUGUGGAGUGCUGGGUUCAAAUCUGGCUUAGGUCACAAGUAAAGUUAGUUUAGUCAUCCACACUAAUGGGUUGAUUUGAUCAACCUAUACCCCACUUUAAUAAGCCACAGCUGGAUUUAUUUUACAGCACUGGGGAAUUCCCUGGUUGCUGCAAUCCAUGAUGAUUCCCUUGUGCUAUGAAAUACUUUGGCUUAUACCCUCUGUUCAAAAGAUUGAUGACAUCUUUAGAGACAUGAUUGUUUAGCUGCACACCAUAUGAGAUAAGUGCUAAUCUGUCUUCCUAGGACUGGCAUCCUAAAAGCUUUCCAAGAACUAGGGCCAUUAGGGAUUAUUUUUCCACUUGUCCCCUAGUAUCAGGUUAUAUCCUGAGGUGUGGAUACUAGACCAGUAGUUUAAUUUUUAGAUAUCGGCAAGCAGUCUUACUCACAGGCUGAAUCACACACACACCUCCCAGUUGUAAGUGAAUAUUUUGAAUCCCCAACUUAAUAUGUUUAGCACUUAAGUAACUUCACAGAGCAUGUCCACCCUCAUAUUCCCCCUGUAACUCUUCAACACACCAAUAAAGUGUGGUCAUCACUAUGUUGCAAACGUGAUUGAAGGGAAUAGCAAUUGCAUGCUUUAGAUAGUUGUGGAUUGUGUAUUAUUCAGAUAGGGUGGGUGUAAGUGGAGAUGUGACUCAAGACAGACUUGAACCCAGGAUUUGUGUUGCACAGCCUACCUUCACUGUAAAGAAGUCUUCAGAAAUCUAAGCUAAUGGGGGAGAGAAGUGAAGCUUCUUUAGAAAAAUUAAAUCAAGGGGCUCCCCUUACAAACCUAGACCACUGAAUUAAUAUGUAUACUCAUAGGACUGGCUUCAGUUACAUACGGCAGGAUUGAUGGUGUAGAGCUCAUUCAUUCAUGAUUUUGUCAAUAUUUUGUUCUGUGUGGGGUUUAAAAUGUUUUUUUUUUUUUAUUAUACACUGUCUUGCUUUGUCUCUCUUGUGUCUCCCUGGUCUGGCGCCCCCUGCCUGCAGCUGAACAGAGUGAUGCCCUGAGCUGAAAGUCUUUGGCUGGCUGAGGGCUGAUGUGUAGAGUUCACAAGGGCAGGGGGAAUUGAGCCUGGGGAGAGAUGCUGGAGCAGAGUGGCCACUUCAGACUCUGGAUGGAAUAAAUCCUGUAACUGUUA